AUGGAUCCUGGAAACUAUUCGACUGAUGUUUCAGCCGGUGCUCAAUUUCGAUUUAAACUUCUUUUUGUCAUCUUCUUAUCGAAUGUCUUUGCUAUCCUAUUACAAUCACUUGCGUGCAAACUUGGUUCUGUUACGGGAAUGGAUUUGGCAAGAUGCUCUCGAGAAUACUUUCCAUUUUGGCUCAACAUCCUUUUGUACAUUGUUGCUGAAUUUGCGAUCAUUGCUACGGAUAUAGCUGAGGUCAUCGGUACUGCCAUUGCUCUUAACAUGUUAUUACAUAUCCCGUUAGUAGCCGGUGUCGCCUUGACAAGCAUUGAUGUUCUGAUUGUUCUGAUGGCUUAUCGGCCGGAAGGCAGCCUAAAAGGUAUGAGAUAUUUCGAAUGGUUCGUUGCCAUGCUCGUUUUGGGUGUUAUUGCAUGUUUUGUCGUUGAAUUGAUAAAAAUGCCACGGAUAUCAUUUACAGAAGUCAUGCAAGGAUUUCUUCCUAAUGGAACAAUUAUCAGCCAUGGCGGACUGUAUGCUGCACUUGGAAUUUUGGGUGCUACAGUUAUGCCACAUUCACUUUUUCUUGGCUCAGGCCUAGUUCAGGUUCGAAUGCGAGAUUAUGAUGAAAAAGCCGGCAACUUUAUUCGGCCAAGAAAAUCGAUUGAACAACCACGAUACACACAAACAUGGAAACAAAAGCUUAAGAGUGGAUUACAUCCAUCAACAUGGUUCUCUUCAAAAAGCUUAACAUCCACCAAUGCAUCUGAAGAACUGCAUCAACAGUACCGUCCGUCAAUAGCUGCCAUUAAAAGUACUCUAAAAUAUUCCGUUCUCGAAGUUACAAUCUCACUUUUUACAUUAGCAUUUUUUGUCAAUUCUGCUAUUUUGAUCGUUGCUGGUGCAACAUUGUCAAAUUCAUCUAAAGCAGCAGAGGCAGAUCUUUUUACUAUUAAGGACUUGCUAUCUGAAUAUCUGACAUCAGUAGCUGGUACACUGUUCGCUCUUGCACUUUUAUUUAGUGGUCAAUCAGCUGGAAUUGUUGCAACAAUGGCUGGACAAAUGGUUUCAGAAGGAUUUCUCAAAUGGAAGGUCGCACCUUGGUUGCGCCGUCUGAUUACACGGGGAAUUGCCAUAAUUCCGUCGAUUAUAGUUGCCGCUGCUGUCGGACGGCCUGGUCUUGGACGGGCGUUGAAUGCUAGUCAAGUUUCUCUGAGUAUUCUAUUACCAAUUGUUACCGCUCCGCUGAUCUAUAUUACUGGACGAAAAAAAUAUAUGCGUGUUCCUAUUUCUUCACGAAACAAUCAAACAGCAAUUGCAGUAAUAGAGACUGGUGCAGAAACAGAGGAAGCACCAGAAGAGAUUUUGUAUCAUUUUAUGGAAAAUGGAUGGUUACUUACUGGAGUCAGUUGGUUGGUUUGGCUGAUUAUUCUUGGAUUCAAUAUGUACUUGAUUGUUUUAUUGGCACAGGGAAAAGCUUAA